AUGCGCAUGCAGUAUCUCUUGCUAGCUGGAGCUAACUUUUAUCUUAUGAAUGCCGAACAACUUACCAAGUCAAACGAGUCUAUCAAUGAUCUUUCCUCUCGCUCAAUCAACACAAGUGCAAUGUCAACUCAAUUAACUUACGACGAGAAUGACUCACUCCAAAAUGUCAUUAAACCGACAUCAAUUAUGGUUAAAGGAGAUUUAAGCCAAGCAACACGAUUGAUCAUAUGGCUUCAAUAUGUCGCAAAACUAUUGAAGAAAAAAGGACUUGAACGGGUUCAAGAGACUGAAAUUUAUAUUUUACUCAGUGAAACGUACACGGAUGCACAACUUGCGACGCUUUUUGAAAGAGUUCAAAAGGAUAGUUUGAUGCAUGAUCUUGCAGAAAGGAUGUUGGCGUUUAUGCUUUCAAAGUUUACGAAUAGUCAAGUGGGAGAUGGAGCAUGGCCAGAUUCAAAAGACACGCCUAAGAAAAUAUUCAAGGAACUUCGUCUUGAAGAUGCGAAUCUUGUUGAUAAUAUUUUAUUUGCUGGCUGGAUUCGAUAUGCUAUUGCAUACUAUGAAAACGUGACUCCACACUAUCCAGAUUCGGUACUUCAUCACGAAAGCAUUUGUUACGAGAUUUAUAAUUUCUUACGAGAGAUGAAAUCGAUUGGAGAGUUGCCAAAUAUAUUUGAUCGACUACCAUUUGCUCCAAACUUGGAACGUAUUCAUCAAGAUUUGAAACGAGUGGCUCAUUGGGAACUGGAGAAGAAAUUUCAAUUGCUGCAAAAAGAUCCAUUAACACCUCAGCAACUUUUCAAGGACAAAAAAGUCAAGAUUGGUCUGAAUCUUAAUUUCUUGCAGUGGCUUCGAUACUGUGAUGCAUACAUGGUAAAGAUGCAGAAACGCAAUGAUCAAAAGUGUCUCUGCAAGGUUGUUGGCUAUCUCGCUACUAUCAAGUCGUUUUAA